UGGUCCUUGGCAUUCAGGAUACCUAAUCUUGCAAUUGCAAAUGUAAAGAGACUACAAGAUUUGUUUAUUUGUAAAUACAUAUAGUAUAGGAUCACACCACUAUAAAUAUAUUAACAUAAUACAGAUUAAAGCCAAAGUUGUGAGGGUAUAAAAUAUACAUAUUUAAUAUAUAUUUUAAAAAGAUGAACAAAUUCCAAUGUAGGAUAAGCAAACGUGUAUUAGGCUGUAUCUCUACUUGCAUUUUACCGAACCAGAAACUGGCCUGUUAAAACUUUUUUUCUGUCAUUUCCCCGUGAUCUUGCCUUCCUCUCAUCCCAACCCAUGAAUUACAGCAGUAGCACUUGAAUUCUGGGAGUUGAAGUCCGCCUAUCUUAAAGUUGCUACGGUUGAGAAACACUGGAUUAAAGUAAUAUUUUUCACAGAUGCCAUCCAUAAGGGCUGCUCCAUGCUCUCUAAAAUCUAUUAGGCUUUGUCAUUCCUUAUCUUGGAAGAAUAUCAGGCUACCAGCCCUUACUGGGAUCCAAGGAAAUCAGAAAGGACGGGCAAAGGGCCCAGCAAAUUUCACGCUGCCUGGCGGUUUUUCCACCCUGGAGCAAAUAUUACCACACAUCUUACUAGCGGGAGCGGCCCCAAAGGCCUCCGCUUCCGGGCCAGCUCGUCCUUUGCAGCCCCUUCUUCUUUUCUUGGCCAAAGAUUAAACCCACAAAAGCUCCUAGCUAUAUUUAUGCGAGCGGAGACAAGACUAGCCACGGUCUCUGGAAGGCACUUUCUCUCUGAUCUUCGGAAGAAUUAAGGAGGGCUUUGCUCUUGCCCAGCGGGACCCUCAGCCGGUCGGCAAAGGGAAGGGCCGUGUUCUGCGAGGGAGUCGCUUUCAAUGAGUACCCUUCCUCCGGAGGAGCAAAGUGGAGCUGCGUGGUUCCCGAAGGGGCCCCAAAUCCUCCCCCUGGACGCGCCGCCUCGCAGGAAGAAGCCAACUUUAAGAGAAAAUGCCGCCCGCGCUGCCUCCCCUGCGCACCAGGCCUCCUCCUUCUUCGCCGCCGCCGCCGGCGGACAGACACCGGGUUCAACCCCCAGGCGGCCCCGCCUCGUCUGUGAGCUCAGCGGGGGAGCGAGGCGGAAAUCUCCCCCUCUGCGGGCCAAGCCCAGCCCUUCCUUGCCUGGGGCCUGGUAGCCUCUCCUCCUCCCCCUCCCACUCCUCUUCCUCCCCCUUCCCCUCCGCUCUCCCUCCUUUCCUCACACGCUCGCUUUCUUCUCCCCUCAAAGGCGCUUCCUGUGCGGCGCGGGUCUGCCGAGGAGGGCCCGGCUGCUUGGGGCUUGCCUCCGCCGAGUUCAAGAUCCAAGAUUUGUUAACUUAAUAAGACACAACCAACUAAUUUGUUAGAUGGCUGCACUACAAAUUUGAGCAUGAUCUUUGAUAUUCUACUGCUCGCUGGCACAUGGAAGCUUAUUUCAUUCAUUAAGAAUUGCUGAGGAGCAUUUUGAGGUGGAUUACAUAUUGUGAAGAAUUUGCUGAAUGAACAAGAUCUGACCAUGCAUAACAAGACUUAAGCUGCCUUUCCUUCUGUGACUUAAAUAUGCUGCUUUUCAAUAGUGCUUUUGUCUUUACAAUGGUCAUAGCUGCAUGUAUUCUUUGAUCCGUUUCUGAUGAAUAUUAUGGCCAUGAGUUUACAUCGGCAAAUGGGAUCUGAUAGGGACCUGCAAUCUACUGCCUCCUCUGUAAGCUUGCCCUCAAUUAAAAAGGCACCAAAGAAAAGAAGAAUUUCACUGGGAUCUCUUUUUCGAAGGAAAAGGGAUACGAAACAUAAAGCCAAGGAUGUAAAUGGGGGCGUUGAUGGGAUUGCAAGUAUUGAAACUAUACACUCAGAAAUAUGCCCAGACAAGAACUCUAUUUUAUCUGCCUAUAUGUCAUCAGACAAUGGAACUGCGAUCUGUAGUAAGCAGACGGGAGACUUCAUAGAAUGUCCCUUGUGCCUUUUGCGGCACUCUAAGGAGAGGUUUCCGGAAAUAAUGACUUGUCACCAUAGAUCUUGUGUGGAUUGCUUGCGUCAGUAUCUCCGGAUAGAAAUCUCAGAGAGCAGAGUUAAUAUCAGCUGUCCAGAAUGCUCUGAGCGAUUUAAUCCCCAUGACAUUCGAUUAAUUUUAAAUGAUGACAUCUUGAUGGAAAAAUAUGAAGAGUUUAUGCUUAGACGGUGGCUUGUUGCAGACCCUGAUUGUAGGUGGUGUCCUGCUCCAGACUGCGGGUAUGCAGUCAUUGCUUUUGGCUGUGCAAGCUGUCCUAAACUUAUGUGUGGGCGUGAAGGCUGUGGAACUGAAUUUUGCUACCACUGUAAGCAGAUUUGGCAUCCUAACCAGACUUGUGAUGCUGCUCGUCAGGAAAGAGCACAAAGUCUACGUUUGCGAACCAUUCGUUCUUCAUCCAUUAGCUAUAGUCAGGAGUCUGGAGCUGCAGCUGAUGACAUAAAGCCAUGCCCCCGCUGUGCUGCUUAUAUAAUAAAGAUGAAUGAUGGAAGUUGCAAUCACAUGACCUGUGCUGUCUGUGGUUGUGAAUUCUGUUGGUUAUGCAUGAAGGAGAUCUCAGACUUGCAUUACUUAAGCCCAUCAGGCUGUACAUUCUGGGGGAAAAAACCAUGGAGUCGGAAGAAGAAAAUUCUUUGGCAACUUGGGACACUUGUAGGUGCACCUGUGGGAAUUGCCUUAAUAGCAGGCAUUGCUAUUCCAGCAAUGAUUAUUGGAAUUCCUGUAUACGUGGGACGUAAGAUUCAUAAUCGCUACGAAGGCAAAGACAUGUCAAAGCAUAAGAGGAACUUAGCCAUUGCAGGUGGUGUAACCUUAUCUGUAAUUGUUUCACCAGUUGUAGCUGCAGUCACUGUGGGUAUAGGAGUCCCUAUUAUGCUGGCCUAUGUGUAUGGAGUAGUUCCCAUUUCUCUCUGUCGAAGUGGAGGUUGUGGAGUAUCAGCUGGCAAUGGGAAGGGUGUCAGAAUAGAAUUUGAUGAUGAAAAUGAUAUAACUGUGAGUGGAACAAAUGCAGCAGUAGACACUACAUCAGUAGCAGAGGCACGUCACAAUCCUAGUAUAGGGGAAGAAAGUGUUGGAUUGACUGGAAGCCUAAGUGCAAGUGGUAGCCAUAUGGACAGAAUAGGAGCCAUUCGAGACAAUCUGAGUGAAACAGCCAGCACCAUGGCCUUGGCUGGAGCUAGCAUAACAGGAAGUCUGUCAGGAAGUGCAAUGGUCAACUGCUACAACCGGUUGGAAGUCCAAGCAGAUGUGCAGAAGGAAAGAUGCAGUUUGAGUGGCGAAUCUGGCACUGUUAGUUUAGGAACAGUGAGUGACAAUGCCAGCACCAAAGCAAUGGCUGGGUCCAUUAUAAAUUCAUAUGUCCCAUUGGACAGAGAUGGUAGCAGCAUGGAGGUACAAGUAGACAUUGAAUCAAAGCCUGCAAAAUUCAGACACAACAGUGGGAGCAGCAGCGUGGAUGAUGGUUGUGCUGCAGGCCGUGGUAAUGCUUGCAGCUCUUCCGCCUGCUUGUCUGAUAACAAAUCAAGUGUUCCCAAGUGGUCCAAAGAAUCAUCAGCAGGGAAAAAAUGCAAAGGUAAACUCAGAAAAAAGAAUAGCAUGAAGAUAAAUGAAACCAGAGAGGACAUGGAUGCUCAGUUGUUGGAGCAGCAAAGCAACAACUCCAGUGAAUUUGACUCUCCCUCUCUCAGUGAUAGUGUCCCAUCUGUAGCUGACUCUCACUCAAGUCAUUUUUCUGAGUUUAGUUGUUCUGAUCUGGAGAGUAUGAAAACCUCGUGCAGCCAUGGUUCCAGCGAUUAUCACACCCGCUUUAAUACCGUGAGCAUUCUGCCAGAGGUUGAAAAUGACCACCUAGAAAACUCUCCUCACCAGGGGGACAGUUUGCUGUUUACACCCAUUGCUCCAUGCUCAGAGGUUCCCCAGCUGAGUUAUAUUGCUGAAGAAUGCACCUGCAAGGGGACUUCCAAUAGUGCAGGGGUGAAUAACGGUGAAACACUGAAAGAAAGAAACAACAACCAUUCACCCCAGGUUAUGGAGUUAAGCACUUCAGUUCACACUGAGAUUUAAGCCUGUUAUGUGCUGCAGAAAUAUAUUUACCACUAAAGAGCCUUGCCAGGCCACUUUAAGAAGCAAGGCUUCAGUGCAACUUACAUUUGGAUAUAUGUCUCUAUUAAGGCUUGCGUGGCACUUUGUGAAGUGACAUGAAGAUUAUAACAAGUGCAUUACAAUAAAACAUUAUACUGAUGUUUUGUAUUUUUGCCAUAACUUUGCUGAAAGUCUGUAUUUGAUGAACUUGAAUGGGGAAAAUUGGCCACUUGUAGGUUUCAUAUAAAACCUCAGUAUGGAUUUCAGGUAUACAGCACAAAAACCAGUCUCUGGUCAAGAUGUGUUGCUGUAACCAUACCAAAAAAUACAUUCUGAUAAUAUCAUGUUAAGUAAUGUUGAAACACAUUCUUUAAGCAAGGUUAUGACAUAUAGCAUAACUUUAAAUUAAAAAGAAAUUGGUACUUGAUAUACAAUAGGUAGCAAAGUGACGUCUCCUUAUCAGAAAGUGGGGGUAAUUUAAUUAUAUUUGCAAUUGACAAAAAAAUAGAAAGUUUACGAUAUAAGGUGUAUAAAGUUUUUGUACAAUGUAAGAGCAAUUAAUUUGUUACCAUGGUAGAAAACCUGAUAUAGUCACCUUUAGCAGGGGACCUCAGUUAUGCUGUUUAAUUCUUGGUGCCUUUGAAAAAGACUGGGUUUAUAAGUGCCUGGUCUGAUGAUUUCACUGUUAAGUUUUCCAGAAUGUUGUCAGUUGCCACCUUCUUGGAAUCUGGAGGAAAAUUUCAGCGAAUCAACUAACUGUGGUAGAUUAAUAGGAUUCAUAAUACUGAAGUAUUAGCCUACCAAAGAUUCACUCAGGCUUUUAGCAGAUAACUUUUCUGACAUCAUUUUGCAAAUCACAUGCACAGAAAAAAAGCACAGUGCAGAGCUUGCACAUCUUUGAAAAUGGGCUCUAAAAAUGGUUGGCUCGCAGCGAGGGGUGUGCCACAUGUCCUGCUUAUGGUUCAGCUGAACACGAGUUGAAGCUCACUUAAGCGCCUGCACUGUUAAAUGUUUGCCACACAAGUCGUAAUGAUGUAUGCUCUCUUCCCUCCUACAAGAGAGAGAAAAGAUUUGGAUUUUGGCACAGAAGCCUUCAGUAAUUUGGUUUUGUGUUUGUGUGUGUGAAUGAGGCAUUUUUUUUGUAAGUAUUGCCAUUAUGGUGCUACUGAAAAUUUAUGAGAAGAAGGUUGUUAUGGGCCGCAGCCAUCUUCUCUGGCUUCCUUGAUUAUUUUCUUUAAUCAGCUUAUAACACUAGUGUCAGAUACAUUAUUUGGUAAUGCUUGUUAUGAUAUUUGUAUAUUUGCUAUUUUUUGUUUGCUCAAUGGAGUGUGUAAACUACAUACCUGAAAUAAAUGUCUGAGUACUA